ACAGUUAUCAUCCAUACCCUCCUGACAGGACAUCUCCUAGUACAGCCUGCUUCAAGGACUAAUCUGGGAUUUGGAAGACUGGGACUAGAACGGAUUCUCACUGGGGUUCAAGGCCAAGAGAGACUCGAAGCAAUGGACUGGCUUCUCUUCAGAAAUAUUUGCCUUCUGAUCUUAUUUAUGGUGGUACUGGGAGUAAACAGUGAAUUUAUCGUUGAGGUAAAAGAAUUAGACAUUGAAAAUGGCACAACAACCUGGCAGACUGUCAGAAGACAAAAGCGGGAGUGGAUCAAGUUUGCGGCAGCCUGUCGGGAGGGCGAGGACAACUCCAAGAGGAAUCCAAUUGCCAGAAUUAGAUCAGACUGUGAAGUAAGCCAGAGGAUAACCUAUCGAAUCUCUGGAGCGGGGAUUGAUCGGCCACCUUACGGAGUGUUCACCAUCAACCCUCGGACUGGAGAAAUCAAUAUUACCUCAGUGGUGGACAGAGAGAUAACCCCACUGUUCCUGAUCCAUUGCCGAGCUCUCAACUCCCGAGGAGAAGACUUGGAGAGACCACUGGAGCUCAGAGUGAAAGUCAUGGAUGUGAACGACAACCCCCCAGUCUUCACUCAGAAUGUGUACACAGCCAACAUUGAAGAGAACAGCGACGCCAAUGCACUGGUGGUAAAGUUAAGUGCCACAGAUGCAGAUGAAGACAAUCACUUGAAUUCUAAAAUUGCAUACAAGAUCAUCUCCCAGGAGCCUGCUGGUGCACCCAUGUUCAUGGUGAACAGGUACACUGGAGAAGUCCGCACGAUGUCCAAUUUCCUUGACAGAGAGCAACACAGUAUGUACAAUCUACUGGUGAGGGGCUCAGAUCGGGAUGGAGCCACAGAUGGGCUGUCCUCUGAAUGUGACUGCAGAAUCAAGAUUUUGGAUGUCAAUGAUAAUUUCCCCAUCUUGGAGAAGACCUCAUACUCAGCAAGUAUUGAAGAAAAUUGUUUGAGCUCAGAACUGAUACGACUACAAGCAAUCGAUCUGGAUGAAGAAGGCACUGAUAACUGGUUGGCACAAUACUCCAUCCUCUCUGGCAAUGAUGGGAACUGGUUUGAAAUCCAAACAGAUCCAAAAACCAAUGAAGGCAUUUUGAAAGUGGUCAAGAUGCUGGAUUAUGAACAAGAACCUAACAUUUACCUCAGCAUUGGAGUUAGAAACCAAGCUGAGUUUCACCACUCAGUAGCAUCUCAAUUCCAAAUGCACUCUACCCCUGUGAGAAUCCAGGUUGUUAACGUGCGGGAAGGACCGACCUUUAGCCCAAGUUCCAUGACAUUUAGUCUACGAGGAGGAAUGAGAGGAGCCUCCUUAAUGAACUAUGUGCUUGGCACAUACACAGCCAUAGAUAUGGACACAGGAAACCCUGCAACCAAUGUCAGGUAUGUCAUAGGGCAUGAUGCAGGCAGCUGGUUAAAAGUUGAUUCAAGGACUGGUGAGAUACAGUUUUCUAGGGAAUUUGACAUGAAGUCAAAAUAUAUUACGGAUGGGAUAUAUGCAGCACAGAUCCUGGCUAUAGAUGAUGGCUCUGGGAGAACAGCUACAGGAACCAUAUGCAUUGAGAUUCCUGAUGCCAACGAUUACUGUCCCGUCAUUUAUGCUGAAAGCAGGAGUGUCUGCACCCAUGCUUCGUCUGUCAGGAUCUAUGUCAACGAUCAUUCUUUCGGGUCUCCCUUUACCUUUUGUGUAGUUGAUGAGUCACCAGACAUAGCUAAUAUAUGGGAUAUCAGGUCCAUCAAUGGAACCUCUGCAAUCCUUAUGACUGAGCAGACUUUGUCUCCAGGACCCUACCAAAUCCCCAUCCUCGUGAAGGACAGUCACAACCGAGCAUGUGAAUUGCCACAGACAGUGCUGUUAGAUGCCUGCUUUUGUGAUGACCACCAUGUGUGCUUGCACUCCAGUACCACGGGCAUCUACACUGGAGACAUCACCUGGGUGACUGAUGACAUGUAUGGGACUGUCACUGAUGAUGGAGUUAGGCAGUCAAACGUCGGACUUGGCCCAGCAGGGAUUGGCAUGAUUAUUUUGGGGCUCUUGCUACUGCUCUUGUCACCCCUUUUACUGCUCAUGUGUUGCUGCAAGCGAAGACAGCCAGAAGGCCUGGGGACAAGGUUUGCCCCUGUGCCUGAGGGAGGCGAAGGAGUGAUGCAGCCCUGGAGAAUAGAGGGGGCUCAUCCAGAAGACAGGGAUGUAUCAAAUAUUUGUGUACCCAUGACAGCCUCUAAUACCCAAGAUCGCAUUGAUUCAUCUGAAAUCUACACCAAUACUUACGCUGGUGGAGGAACAGUGGAAGGGGGCGUGUCAGGAGUGGAGCUCAAUACAGGUGUUGGGACAGCCACAGGCAUGGUGGCUGCAGGAGCAACAGGGACCCUAAGGAAGAGGAGUUCAACUAUAGGGACUCUUCGGGAAUACCAAGACACUGGCAUGAACAUGGCCUUCCUGGACAGCUACUUCUCCGAGAAAGCGUAUGCAUAUGCAGAUGAAGAUGAAGGCCGACCAGCCAAUGACUGCCUGCUCAUUUAUGAUCACGAAGGAGCUGGGUCACCCGUGGGCUCCAUUGGCUGCUGCAGUUGGAUUGUGGAUGACUUAGACGAAAGCUACAUAGAGACUUUGGAUCCAAAGUUCAGGACUCUAGCUGAAAUCUGCUUGGACACAGAGAUUGAACCCUUCCCUUCACACCAGGCCUGUAUACCAAUCAGCACUGACCUCCCUCUGCUGGGGCCUAAUUACUUUGUCAAUGAGUCUUCAGGAAUGACUCUCUCAGAGGCUGAAUUCCAAGCAGAAAUGGCAGCAGCCUCUGAACCCAUGAUUCAUGGGGACAUCAUAGUGACUGAGACCUACACUACUUCUGACCCAUGUGUCCAACCCACAACGAUUGUCUUUGACUCUCAGAUUCCACCAAACGUAGUCGUGACCGAAACCGUAAUGGCACCUGUCUACGAUGUUCAAGGGAACAUUUGUGUGCCUGCUGAGAUAGCCAACACACACAAUGUAUACUAUGCUGAGAGAGUGGUGGCUAGCCCUGGUAUACCUGACAUGGGCAACAGUAACAUUAGUGAUGCAUGUAUAGGACCAGUGAUGAGCGGCGGUAUUUUGGUAGGGCCAGAAAUUCAAGUGACACAAAUGAUGAGCCCAGACAUUCACAUAAGCCAAACCACAGGCUCCACCUCCCCAAUGACGUCUCAACACCGAGUAACCAGAUACAGCAAUAUGCACUACUCCCGACAGUAAGUUCUCCAUGGAGACUCUGCAUUGUAAUGCCCACCAACAUCCCAUCAAAGACAUAUAAUGUGCUGUAGUCCACAUUUUAACACUCAGCAAACAUUCACACAUUCUAAGUUCAACAGGGCUCUUUGAUGACAGCUUUGGGAGGAUAAAUACGACUACGCACUUUAGAUAAGCCUCUUUUUAGUUCUUUCUGUUUCUCAAUAAUGGGCCAAAAAUACACCAUAGAGUUAAAGGUGCUGUCUACCAAGUAGCACACCAGUCAUGGUGCCAAUCCUGAAAGUUCCCAGGCUGAAUCAACAACCUGGGAAAGAUGGAGCACACCAAAGUUGCAAAUGAUCUUUUAUCUGCAUCUUCUACCCAUAUUUUUCUUUAGAGAAAUAUUUUGAUUUUUUUUUCAAUUUGGGCUAAUGCUACAUAGUGAAACCCUGUCUCAAGAAAAUAGAAUCAAUUACUUCAGGACUGCAGGUGUAGCCCAAUGGCAGUGUUUGGCCAGCAUGCCUGAAGCCCUAUGCUAAAUCACCAGCACCAGAAAAAAAUAACUGAAACAAGUGAAAUGCAAAUUUCUGAAAGGAAGGUGGCACACUUGUCAGUUCAUAUGAAUUGUAUUUUCAAAGGAUUUUUCAAGACAUGCAACAUUAAGCAUUAUUAUGCCACUAAGCAUGCAUUGUAUGAGAAAAAGAGUUGGGGGUUGGCUAGAGAGAUAGCUGGGUGUCAAGAGUACUUACUGCUCUUGUAGGGGACUCAGGUUCAUUUCCUGCCAUCCACACUGUGGCUCUCAACCAUAUGUAACUCCAAUUCUAGGGGAUCUGAUGCCCACUUCAAGUCCUGUUGGGCACUAAGCAUGAACAUGGUAUAUAUACAUACAUGCAGUCCAAACACUCAGACACAUAAAAUAAAUUUACAAGAGAGAGAGAGAAGAGGGGGGAGGGAGAGAGAGAGGAGGAAGGGAGGGAGAGAGAGAGAGAGAGAGAGAGGGAGAGGGAGAGGGAGAGAGAAAGAGAGAAGGGAUGAAGAAAGGGAGAGAGGAAGAGAGAGAAAGAGAAGUUUGUUAGCUAGAAAUAACUUACUUGAGAAGAUAUAUAUAUAAAUAUAUAUAAUUAUACUUUAUUGAUUUAUAUGAAUUUAAAAUCACAAAAAAGAAACAGAUCUUGGGAGAUGUAUUAGUAUUUUCCCUAUUGCAAGGAAUUUUUUCCUUACUUUUGCUAAUUAUGUCAAAAAUAUGACAUAUUGUUUAAUCAGUUUUCUUGGCCUGAGUCAUGGAGGUUUCACUUGGCCAUCAGAAGUUUCCCAGAUAGACCUAUAUAGUUAUUAUAUUUUUAAACAAUAUUUACUUGGAAACUGAGUGUGAUGCUGGGUGAGUGGAAUGCAAACAGUAACACAAAUUCCCUGUUUUCAGUAGGCAUGUGCCUGGCUCAAGACACAGAAACUAUUUAAUUCUGUAAAUUUUGUAAACUAUUCAGUACAAACUGUAAUAUGACUGGAAAGACAAUGUAAAUGAAAUAAAUAUCUUUUCAGGGCUGAUUCCUUUUAGAAG